AUGGAAUCAGAUUCUGAGAGCAGAGAUGACCUUGUGCCUGGAACAUCAAGUAAGUCAGAAGAGGCAAAAUUGGCAGACCCUGGGAGUUGCAGUGACUGUGCCAUAGGAGAUGUGCCUCCUUGCCCUGAAGACUGGGAAAAUCUGAGAUCCGACAAAGAAACCCCAAAGAAAACAUUAUGUGGCUAUUUAAACAAAAUUUCUGCUAAAGCACCAAUCAAGACCUGGAAGUCACGCUGGUUCUUCUAUGAUGAAAACAAAUGCCACUUACUUUACUACAGGACAGCACAAGACAUUAACCCUUUGGGGAGCAUAGACAUUUCCAGCGCUAGCUUUGAUUUUCAGGUGGGAGCGGAUGAAGGUGUUUUUGAAAUCAGGACUCCCAGCAAGGACUUUGUCCUUAAGGCUGUCAACAAACAGGCCAUGAUGUACUGGUUGCAACAGCUGCAGAUGAAACGCUGGGAGUUCUGUAAUAGCCAGACUAGGACUUUUGUGGAGGAGGACGCUGUUUCCCCCUUUUCUGUGAAUGAGGCCCAGCUUAACGAUACUGAGGCAGAACAUGAAUUUUUACCCCCUGUGAAAACGCCCACUGACGUAGUUGGCAUAAAGGCAGCCUCUCUACCAGCACCGCAGACGUCUAUUGUUCUUCAAAACAUCUCCCUCAAGCAUCCCUGGAUUGAAAUACAAAACACGGUGCAUAAUCUUUGUGGCAGCUGGCAGAACCGAAGGGACAGUGGUAUGUUUUUGGGCAUCCAAGAUAAUCUUGAAAAUGUAGCUGAUGAAGAGCACGCAGAAGCAGAGGGUGCAGUGACGGCAGAUUUGCAAAAAGACACAAGGAUGAGGCUAAAACCGCCACUGGCGAGAAUAAACCAAAAGAUGAACAGCAGUUUUCGUUGCUUUGCUGAAGGGGCAGGACAGGAGAAAAUAGCUUCUCUAAAGCACCAAAUUCUGGUUCUUGAAGAAGAUGUGAAAUCUCAGAAGGAACUGGUUAAACUUCUCCACAAAACUCUGGAGGCAGCCCAGCAAGAGAAACGAGAGUCCUGCCGGUAUCUGGCCACACCGAAGGAGAAAGACAGGUUGGAAUUGGUGCGGCACAAAGAGAGGCAGAUUGCCGAGCUGAAGAAACAGGUGGGAGCACUGGACAUGGAGGGGAAAGAACUGGAGCAGGGCCUUGCUAAGAAGGAGGAGCACAUCAGCGAGCUGAAGGCGCAUGUGCAGCUCUUGAUGGACAAGAACCAGGCCAAGCAACAAGUCAUUCUGAAGCUGACAGAGCAACUUAGCAGCAGCACGCCUAACUCUGUUACGGAGGCUGAUGUCAUUGCCACAGAGACCUUGUACAAGCAGCAGGAAGAGAUUGAACACUUAAAGGAUGACCUGGAAGCAUACAAGACUCAGAACCAAUUUCUAAACUCUGAAAUCCACCAAGUUACUAAAAUCUGGAGCACAGUGGCGCAGAGAGAGAAGACACUCCUCAUGAAGUGUGCCCAUCUGCAAGCCCAUAAUUGCCAGAUUGAAAGCAAGUACCUGAUGCUGCUGCAGAAGCUGCAAGGCCUACCAGACUUGGCCAGUGAGCAUGUGGAAAUGGUGAAAGGCCUCAUACAAGAGGCACUUCAGUGGGGUGUGAAGGAGGAACCCAUGAUUCCUACUCAACUGAGCCCAAUCAAUCAGUAUGAUGACUAUGGGUUUAUGACAGUUCCUGAUUAUGAGGCUGCAGACUGGAAGCUUCUGGCAAAAAUCCAGGCCCUCGAAAUCAAAUCCAGUAAUCUUUUGAACCAUGAGGCCAGGGAGAAACCCCUCUCUGAGCGCUGGAAUAACCUCGGAGAACUGACUCCUUCCUUGGAGUUAAAGAGCUUGCUGCGCAGUGGCGUCCCAGUAGAGCACCGCCAGAGGGUGUGGAGAUGGAUCGUGAGCCAUCGGGUGCAGCACAUCCGCUCUGUUGGCCACUACCAAAGCUUGCUCAAGAAGUGCGAAGCUGCUGAGCACCCAGCUUCCCGACAGAUCGAGCUGGAUCUGCCCCGCACGCUGACCAACAAUAGACACUUUAUGUCACCCACCUCCCAGUUUGUGCCCAAAUUACGACGGGUUUUACUUGCAUUUUCCCGACAAAAUCCCAGCAUUGGUUAUUGCCAAGGAUUGAACAGACUAGCAGCCAUUGCACUGUUGGUCCUAGAAGAGGAAGAAAAUGCUUUCUGGUGCCUCGUUCAUAUAACUGAUAACCUAAUGCCUCCAGAUUACUACAGCAACACACUAAUAGGCUCACAAGUGGAUCAAAGAGUCUUCAAAGACUUCUUGUCAGAGAAGCUUCCCAGGCUGACAGCUCACCUGGAGCAGCACCGAAUUGACCUGGCACUUGUGACCUUCAAUUGGUUCCUGGUUGUAUUUGUUGACAGUCUUGUCAGUGAUAUUCUCUUCAGAGUUUGGGAUGCCUUUCUCUAUGAAGGCACAAAGGUGAUAUUCCGUUAUGCUCUGGCAAUUUUUAAAUACAAUGAAGAAGCGAUUCUAAGGAUCCAGGACAGCCUGGAAAUUUACCAGUACCUUCGUUUUUUCACCAAAACUAUCUGUGAUGGCAGGAAGCUGAUGAAUAUUGCCUUCAGUGACAUGAAUCCAUUUCCCAUGAAGCUCCUCCAGAAUCGGCGUGGAGUGUAUAGAUUAAAACUGGAGGGCGAGCUGAAAGAACUGGAGCAGAUAAAAGCCCAGUAUGUGAGGGAACAAGCAGAACACACACCCAGUCAGCUGGAUGGAGCCGUGAGCGAAGAUGAAGAAGAGAUAUAAAACUCCUGCUCCUUCUUUUCAGUUUGUCUUCAAACAUUACCCUUCACUUCCUUUGGAACAAAAAGGUGACCGUUGUUUGUACAGUCACA